AUGUCUACGAAGGCAGAGCAAUUUGCCUCUAAGAUACGAUACUUACAAGAGUAUCACAACCGCGUACAGCACAAUAUUUAUCCUGUGCCCUCCGGAACAGACAUCGCCAACACUCUGAAAUACUUCUCCCAGACUCUGCUCAGCAUUCUGUCCCGCACAGGCAGGAAGGAGAACCAGGAAGCUCCCAAUUUGGCCGUGCCCAUGACCAUGUGUCUUUUUCCUGUGCCAUUCCCACUCACCCCAUCUCUAAGACCACAAGUCAGUUCCAUCAACCCUACAGUUACUCGCUCCCUCCUUUACAGCGUUCUGCGCGAUGCCCCGUCCGACCGCGCGGGGCAGCAGAGUCGGGACGCUCAGCUCUCAGAGUACCCCUCUCUGGACUAUCAGGGCCUCUAUGUGACCCUCGUGACCCUGCUUGACCUGGUGCCCCUGCUGCAGCACGGGCAGCAUGAUCUGGGACAGUCCAUAUUUUACACUACAACUUGCCUCCUGCCCUUUCUCAGUGACGAUAUUCUCAGCACUUUACCCUAUACCAUGAUCUCCACUUUAGCCACUUUCCCCCCCUUCCUCCACAAAGACAUCAUUGAGUACUUGAGCACUUCUUUUCUUCCCAUGGCCAUAUUGGGCUCCACUCGGAGGGAAGGGGGGGUGCCAGCGUACGUGAACCUCUCUGCGUCGUCCAUGCUCAUGAUCGCCAUGCAGUACACCUCCAACCCAGUGUAUCACUGUCAGCUGCUCGAGUGUCUCAUGAAGUACAAGCAGGAAGUGUGGAAGGAUCUGCUGUACGUGAUAUCGUACGGUCCGUCCCAGGUCAAGCCUCCAGCCGUGCAGAUGCUGUUUCAUUACUGGCCUAAUCUGAAACCUCCUGGGGCCAUCAGUGAAUACAGGGGUCUGCAGUACACCGCCUGGAAUCCCAUUCACUGUCAACACAUAGAGUGCCACAACGCCAUCAAUAAGCCUGCUGUUAAGAUGUGUAUAGAUCCGACCCUCUCCGUUGCCCUGGGAGAUAAGCCCCCGCCCCUGUACAUAUGUGAGGAGUGUAGCCAGAGGAUCGCAGGUGAUCAUGCGGAAUGGCUUGUGGAUGUUCUUCUACCACAAGCAGAGAUAUCGGCAAUUUGUCAAAAGAAGAACUGUAGCUCUCACGUCAGGCGCGCCGUGGUCACCUGCUUCUCGGCCGGCUGCUGCGGGCGCCAUGGCAACCGGCCGGUCCGCUACUGCAAGCGUUGCCAUGUCAACCAUCACAGCGAGGUGGGGGCUGCGGCGGAGACCCAUCUGUACCAGACCUCGCCGCCUCCCAUCAACACCCGGGAGUGCGGAGCGGAGGAGCUGGUGUGCACCGUGGAGGCUGUCAUAAGUCUACUCAAAGAGGCAGAGAUCCAUGCUGAGCAGCGAGAGUUUGAGCUGAACCGACGCAGACAAAUGGGCCUGUCCUCGUCCCAUCACUCCCUUGACAACAUCGAGUACGACAACAAGGAGGACGACCAGCACGACCAGCGCCUCCUCAGUCAGUUUGGCAUUUGGUUCCUGGUGAGCUUGUGCACGCCCAAUGAGAACACCCCGACAGAGAGCCUGGCGCGCCUGGUCAGUAUGGUGUUCCAGUGGUUCCACUCCACAGCCUACAUGAUGGAUGACGAGGUGGGCAGUCUGGUGGAGAAGCUCAAGCCCCAGUUUGUCACCAAGUGGCUGAAGACCGUGUGUGAAGUGCGCUUUGACGUCAUGGUCAUGUGCCUGCUGCCCAAACCAGCUGAGUUCGCCAGGGUGGGAGGAUACUGGGACAAGUCCUGCAGUGCGGUGACUCAGCUGAAGGAGGGACUGAACAGGAUCCUGUGUCUGAUUCCUUAUAAUGUUAUUAGCCAACCGCUGUGGGAGUGCUUUAUGCCCGAGUGGCUGGAGGCCAUCCGAACAGAGGUGCCAGACAACCAACUCAAAGAGUUUCGAGAAGUGCUCAGUAAAAUGUUUGACAUUGAGCUGUGCCCGCUGCCUUUCUCCAUGGAGGAGAUGUUUGGCUUCAUCAGCUGCAGAUUCUCUGGGUACCCGGCGUCAGUGCAGGAGCAGGCUCUUCUGUGGCUGCAUGUUUUGUCAGAGCUGGAUAUUGUGGUCCCUCUUCAGCUUCUUAUCGGGAUGUUCUCAGAUGGUGUCAACUCUUUGAAGGAGCUGGCCAAUCAGAGGAAGGCACGUGCUGAUCUGUCUGGCAACACUGGGGCUCGCCGGGUGAGUGUCGUGUCUGAUCCAGGUCGCCGCGGGCAGCACAACACGCUGAGCCCGUUCCCCAGUCCAUUUAGAAGCCCGUUCAGGAGCCCCCUGCGCUGUAGCCCCUUCAAAAACCUGGGUCACGCCACUGCCAACUGCGCCCUGGAUCUGGACUGUGAUGAUGACGACAUGAACCUGGGCUGCUUCAUCCUCAUGUUUGACCUAAUUUUGAAGCAGAUGGAGCUCCAGGACGACGGUGUGAUGCUGGGUCUAGACAGCAGCCUGGGGAAGGAUAUCGUGGGCAUCAUCAACAACGUCUUUCAGGCCCCGUGGGGUGGCUCCCACACCUGCCAGAAGGAUGAGAAGGCCCUGGAGUGCAGCCUGUGCCAAUCCAGCAUCCUGUGUUACCAGCUGGGCUGUGAGCUCCUGGAGAGGCUGACCCCCCGGGAGGAGAUACGCCUGGUGGAGCCCACAGACAGCCUGGAGGAGACCUUGAUCCUGCCUCAGCCUCCAGACUUCUCCCUGGGGACAGAGACGGAAGAGAGCGAGGAGGGAGACAACCCCAGUGGCACCAACGCUGACAACCCCAGCAACCAGUCUCCUGACAAUCCACCAUUGAGAAACAAUUCAGACGUGAAGUUCUCUUACCAACAACUCCCAGUGUCCCUGAAGCUUAUUUACACAGUCCUGCAGGAAAUGUCCAAAUUUGAAGAACCGGACAUUCUGUUUAACAUGCUGAACUGCCUGAAGAUCUUGUGUCUGCAUGGAGAGUGCCUGUAUCUGGCUCGGAAGGAUCACCCACAGUUCUUAGCUUAUAUCCAGGAGAAGAUGCUCAUCCCCUGCCUGUGGUCCAUGUUGAAGUCAGAGUUUUGCCAGCUGGCUUCUCUAGCAGUUCCUCAGCUCCUGCAUGCCCUGUCUCUGUCCCACGGGGCGGACAUUUUCUGGAAGCUCAUCAACACCAACUUCAACCACCAAGACUGGAAGAUCAGAUUUGAAGCAGUGGAGAAGGUGGCAGUGCUGUGUCGCUUCCUGGACAUUGGUGCCGUCACAAAGAACCAUCUGCUCAAGUAUUCCCUGGCUCACGCCUUCUGCUGUUUCCUGGCAUCAGUGGAGGACGUCAACCCCUCUGUAGCCACGCGAGCUCGCCUCCUCCUGGAUACCAUUAAGAGGCCAGCUCUACAGGGCUUGUGCCUGUGCAUGGAUUUUCAGUUUGACACAGUUGUGAGAGAUCGGCCCAUUAUCCUGAGCAAGUUGCUGCUGCUACACUUCCUGAAAAAAGACAUUCCCGCUCUGAGCUGGGAGUUCUUUGUCAACCGCUUCGAAACCCUGUCUCUGGAGGCACAGUUACACUUGGACUGCAACAAGGAGUUCCCAUUUCCCACCACCAUCACAGCUGUGCGUACCAAUGUGGCCAACCUGAGCGAUGCAGCCAUGUGGAAGAUCAAGAGAGCCCGCUUUGCCCGCAAUCGCCAGGAGGGGGUGCGCUCACUGCGGGACAGUGUGAAAGGGACUCAACAGACUGACACAGCAGAAUCCAAACGCGCCUUUUCUUUGCCUGAGUGUCUGAGCAACAGCUGCGUGAGUACACGACUUACGAGGCAAGAACUCUCUGCUCCAACACUGGGAGAUAUGAUAGAUGUCCUGCCAGGCCAAAGCCCCUCUCCUGAAGAUGACAGCAUCAUCAAAGACCUGCUCCCUGAGGAUGCAGGCAUCGAUCACCAGACAGUGCACCAGCUCAUCAUGGUGCUCAUGAAGUUCAUGGCCAAGGACCAGAGCAGUGCUGAGGCCGACCUGGGUAGUGCCAAAGCCUUCAACACAGUCAAGCGCCACCUAUAUGUGCUCCUGGGGUAUGACCAGCAGGAGGGCUGCUUCAUGAUUGCCCCUCAGAAGAUGCGCACGUCUACCUGCUUCAAUGCUUUCAUCGCAGGCAUUGCACAGGUGUUGGACUACAACAUCAGCCUGGGGAAGCAGCUGCUCCCUCUGGUGGUGCAGGUGUUGAAGUACUGCACAUGUCCUCAGCUCAGACAUUAUUUCCAGCAACCUCCACGCUGUUCUCUGUGGGCUCUGAAGCCUCACAUCAGGCAGAUGUGGCUCAAAGCUCUGCUCGUCAUACUUUACAAGUAUCCUUACCGAGACAUGGACGGCAAUAAAGUGGUGCUCCAUCUCAUUCACAUCACCAUCAACACCUUGAACGCCCAGUACCACAGCUGCCGGCCCCAUGCCACCGCCGGGCCCCUGUACAGCGACAACUCCAACAUGAGCCGCUACAGCGAGAAGGAGAAGGAGGAGGACAGUGUUUUCGAUGAGUCAGAUGUCCAUGACACGCCGACUGGUGCUGCUAACAAGGAGUCACAGACCUUCUUCGCUCGCCUCAAGAGGAUCGGGGGCAGCAAGUCUGUGAAGUACCAGCCAGUGGAGCUCAAUGCCAAGAGAAGUGAAAUCGAGCUGUCCGAGUAUCGCGAGGCCAGCGCCCUCCAGGACAGCAUUCUGCACUGCGUCCGUGAGGAGAGCACUCGCAAGAAGCGCCUCCAGGCCAUGCACAAGCAGAAGUCCCUGGACAUCUCCAACACCGACUCCCUCCUCUUCAACCUGGACGAGCACCGACGCAAAUCCUGCAUAGACCGCUGCGACCUCCAGGCGCCCCCCGCUCUCCUACCCCCUUCUUCCUCCUCCUUCCAGGGCAGACAUCACGGCAAGGGAUCUUCGGAUGGCUCCUCCGUGCGGGCGGUCGACCUGGCGGACAGGAGGGGCUCGCGGGGGGGCCAUUCCGACAUUUCCAAACCGGUGAUCCCAGAGGUGCGUCUCAGUUGCAUGGAGACGUUCGAGGACAAGCAGGAUCAGGAUUCCCCAGCUGACUCUGCGCAAGAGAAAGAAGAUCAGGACCUUAUUGAUCUCUCAUCAGAUUGCACUUCCAUCCCAGAAAAGCACUCACUGCUCUCCAUGUCUGACACAGAUUCUCUGGUGUUUGAACCUCUACCCCCUUUGAGAAUUGUAGAAAGCGAUGAGGAAUUUGAUCUCAACACCAUCAUAGCAUCCAAACUGAUAGGAAGCCCCAAAAUUUCAACCUCACCCGCUAGUAGCAACACGUUAAGACUAUCCCCGGUGGUGCAAGUGAGCUUCGAAGAUGGCUCCUUUGAUAAAAACGUAGAAGAACAAACGGAGAAAAAGGAUGUUGAAAAGAAACCAGACCAAAUGACGCCAAGCACCUCCAUAGACUUACCUGAAAAGUCCGAAAAUGUCUCCCACGAAAGCCAGUUGACGCUAAAGCAAAAACGGGAUUUGCUUAGGAAAACGCCACAUAUUCCAGACAAUUCUUUAGACGAUGCUUAUGAAGGAUCAGGUAGGACCGUUUUCUUGGACAUUCCUGAAGAUAAAACGGAAUCGCCCUCCUCACCAGAAAAGAGUAAAAGUAACAGUAAUGAAGAGGAAGAGGAUGGAGAUGAUGAAGAGGAUGAAGACAUGGGGGAUGAAGAGUCAGAGUUUAAAAUCCAAAUUGUUCCCAGGCAGCGUAAACAGAGAAAGAUUGCAGUUAGUGCCAUUCAGAGAGAGUAUUUGGACAUUUCUUUCAACACAUUUGACAAACUGGGAACUGAGACUAUAGUUGAAGCGGAUCACAAAGUUCUGUCUACAUUGGAAAAACCCAGAGAAUCAGCGUCAGCACCAACCCUGGAAGCUGCUUUACCUGAAACUAGUCAUCGAUCUUCAGUAUCAACUCAGUACCGCGCAGUGAAGAGGGGCUCUCUGGGAGCUCUGACCAUGAGCCAGCUGAUGAAGAGGCAGCUAGAGCACCAGUCCAGUGCCCCACACAACAUCAGCACGUGGGAUACAGGCCCUACCAAAACCAGCCUGCUCUCCGCCCCCAGCACCGUCAGCAUGUUCGUACCCGCGCCCGAGGAGUUCAUCGACGAGCAGCCCACCACCAUGUCUGACAAGUGUCGUGACUGUGCUGCUGUGUUGGAGGAGUACGAUGAAGAGACUUUAGGCUUGGCUGUGGUGGUGCUGUCCAUGUUCAUCCACCUAAGUCCAGAUCUGGCUGCUCCCAUGCUCCUGGACAUUAUGCAGUCCGUGGGCAGGUUAGCUUCCAGCGCCAAUUUUUCAGGACAAGCGGAAAGUAUGUUGAUCCCAGGAAAUGUAGCAGGCGUGGCCAAGCAGUUUCUACGCUGCAUGUUCCACCAGCUGGCCCCCAAUGGCAUCUUACCUCAACUUUUCCAAAGCAACAUCAAAGAUGGAAGUUUCCUCAGAACCCUUGCGUCUUCGCUCAUCGAUUUCAACGAGCUGAGUUCCGUGGCUGCUCUCAACAUGCUCCUCGAGGGUUUGAACAAUAAGAAGAGUCUACCAGCAGGGAGCACUAUGCUGCACUGUCUGGAAAACAUCGCUACUUUCAUGGAGGCGCUCCCCAUGGAUUCCCCUAGCAACCUGUGGACCACCAUUUGCAACCAGUUCCAGACGUUUCUCACCAAACUGCCCUCCGUGCUUCCUCUCAAGUGCCCCAUGGACUCCAGUUUGCGGAUCAUUUGUCUUCUGAAAAUCCCCACCACGAAUGCGACCCGGAGCCUCCUGGAGCCCUUCUCCAAGCUGCUGAGCUUUGUGAUCCAGUAUGGCACGUUCAGCCUCUCCUACCUGGUGGAGCUGUGCGGCCUGUGCUACAAAGCCUUCAAUAAGGAGAGAGAUAAGUUCUACAUGUCCCGUAUUGUGGUCCUGGAGCUCCUGCAGGCACUGAAGUUCAAGUCCCCCCUGCCUGAUACUAAUCUGCUGCUGCUGGUCCAGUUUGUUUGUGCAGAUAUCGGGACACGACUGGCAGAAUCCACCAUCAUCCAGAAGCACAUGAUCUCCACUCUGCCGGGGUGCACCACCGCGGCCAUGGAGUGUAUGAGGCAAUACAUCAGUGAGCUGCUGGACUUCAUUGCUGAUAUGCACACGCUGACCAAGCUCAAGAGCCACAUGAAGGCCUGCUGUCAGCCGCUGCACGAGGACACCUUUGGGGGAAAUCUAAAGGUGGGAUUGGCUCAAGUGGCUGCCAUGGAAAUCAGCAAGGGCAAUCACCGUGACAACAAGGCCGUGCUACGCUACCUGCCCUGGCUGUACCACCCUCCCUCCACCAUGCAGCAGGGGCCAAAAGAAUUCAUUGAGUGCGUGUCCCACAUCCGUCAGCUGUCCUGGCUGCUCCUGGGCGCGCUCACCCACUGUGCCCUGCAUCAGGGCUCCACCUCCUGCAUGCCCAUCCCCCUGGACGCAGGCUCCCACAUCGCAGACCAUCUAAUCGUCAUCCUCAUCGGCUUUCCAGAACAGUCCAAGACGUCAGUGCUCCACAUGUGCUCGCUCUUCCACGCCUUCAUGUUCGCUCAGCUCUGGACCAUCUACUGUGAGCAGGCGGCCGCGGCCCCGUCCCUGCAGAACCAGAACCAGACCGAGUUCUCCUCCACGGCCAUCCUCACGGGCCUGGAAUUUUGGAGCCGUGUCACCCCCAGCAUCCUGCAGCUCAUGGCCCAUAACAAAGUGAUGGUGGAGAUGGUGUGUCUUCAUGUGAUUAGUUUGAUGGAAGCCUUACAGGAAUGCAACUCAACUAUUUUUGUCAAGCUUAUCCCCAUGUGGCUGCCAAUGAUUCAAUCCAAUCUUAAGCACCUGUCUGCGGGGCUGCGUCUGCGACUCCAGGCCAUCCAGAACCGGGUGAACCACCAGUGCCUCCAGGGCCAGGCGACAGGUGCCCCUCCUGUCGCUCUGCGCAAAUGGCUGCAGUGCACGCAGUUCAAAAUGGCGCAGAUAGAGAUCCAGUCGUCAGAGGCCGCCUCACAGUUCUACCCCAUGUGACCUGCUGCUUUGUCCAGAGCAGAGCGGGUCAGACCACGGCUCUGCAUCCACUCAGACCAAAAAGGACUUAUGAAAAGGUUUUUAUGUACACUGAGCUAUUUUAAAAUCUUAAAGUGGUAUUAUCAUGUUUAUAAAGUAUAUG